UCAUACUGAAAUGCAAUACAACACAUCAAAUUUAUCAAAUAGGAACAAGAACAAAUAAAUAAGAUUCUCUCGUUACCUAGCUGGAUAACAAAAUUUUGACUAAAGGAUGUUAACAAACUUAUCUUUGGUCACGGUAUUCUUGCUUUGAACGCUAUUUGGCAGUUAAGUUACCAAACCUGUGUAACUGUACAACUCAACUGCUAUGCAACUAUCUUUAUUGAGACCUUGCGCGCCUAUAUUGCCAUUUGGUAGGCGUUUUGUUGAUCUUAAAAUCUGUAAAUUUAAACAAAGGAGCCAAGGCUACAGAACGACCUGUAUUCUGAUUAGGCACCGAUGGAUGAAUAGUGCUAGUGCCUUCCGACGCAUCCACAGAGAGUUCAGCUCUGCGCCUGAAAACGAGAAAAUUGACCUGUCCAAAUUCCCUGUGGACAGAAUUCGAAAUUUCAGCAUCAUUGCUCACAUUGAUCAUGGCAAAAGCACUUUGGCUGACAGACUGUUGGAGCUCACAGGAGCUAUUGCUAAAACUGAACGCAAUAAGCAAGUGUUGGAUAAACUACAAGUAGAGAAAGAAAGGGGGAUCACAGUGAAAGCCCAGACUGCCUCUCUUUUCUACAAACACCAGGGCCAGACAUACCUCCUCAACCUUAUCGAUACACCUGGACAUGUUGACUUCAGCUAUGAAGUUUCACGCUCCAUAUCUGCCUGUCAAGGUGUUCUUCUCAUAGUGGAUGCCAAUCAGGGAAUACAGGCACAGACAGUUGCCAACUUCUACCUUGCAUUUGAGGCUCAGCUUACCAUCAUACCAGUCAUAAAUAAGAUUGAUCUGAAAAAUGCUGACCCAGACAGGGUAGAGAGACAGAUUGAAAAAGUGUUUGAUAUUCCAAAGGAGGAGUGUAUCAGGAUUUCUGCCAAAUUGGGCACUAAUGUUGAUGUAGUUCUCCAGGAGGUAGUAAAGAGAAUACCACCGCCCACUGUGAGUGUGAAUGAUCCAUUUAAAGCACUGGUCUUUGACUCCAGCUUUGACCACUACAGAGGAGUGGUGGCAAACAUUGCUCUGUUCGGUGGCCAGGUUGCUAAGGGAGACAAGAUUGUUUCAGCCCACUUGGGUAAAACGUAUGAGGUGAAUGAACUGGGCGUGCUCAGACCAGAUGAACAUCCCACAGACAAACUGUAUGCAGGUCAGGUGGGCUAUGUGAUCGCUGGGAUGAAGGACGUGAAAGAGGCUCAAAUUGGAGACACCCUUCACCUCCAGAAACAGCCCGUGGAGCCGCUCCCAGGGUUUCAACCCGCCAAAGCCAUGGUAUUUGCAGGGAUGUAUCCCGUGGACCAGUCUGAGUAUGUUGGCCUGCGCAGUGCUGUGGAGAAACUGAGUCUCAAUGACUCCAGUGUGACCGUGCAGAGAGACAGCAGUCUGGCUUUGGGAGCUGGGUGGAGGCUGGGUUUUCUGGGUCUGCUGCAUAUGGAGGUGUUUAAUCAGCGUUUGGAGCAGGAGUAUAACGCCUCAGUUAUAGUAACAGCUCCCACUGUACCCUAUAAAGCCAGACUGUCCUCCCUCAAACUCAUAAAGGAGCAUGGAGCAGAGGAGAUCACCAUAGUGAAUCCUACCCAGUUUCCAGACAGGAAUCAAGUUACAGAGUAUCUGGAGCCCGUAGUCCUGGGCACCAUCAUCUCACCCGACGACUACAUUAGCAAAAUUAUGAGCCUCUGUCAGAACCGCAGAGCUGUACAGAAGAACAUGGUAUACAUCGACGACCAUCGCGUGAUGAUGAAAUAUCUCUUUCCCCUUAAUGAAAUUGUGGUGGACUUUUAUGACCAGCUUAAGUCCAUGUCCUCUGGCUAUGCCAGUUUUGAUUAUGAAGAUGCAGGAUAUCAGCCAGCUGACCUGAUUAAGGUUGACUUUCUGCUCAAUGGAAAGCCUGUGGAAGAACUCACUACUAUUGUACACAGGGACAGAGCGUACAGCUCGGGUAAAGCCAUGUGCGAGAGACUGAGAGACUCCAUUCCUAGACAGAUGUUUGAGAUCGCUAUCCAAGCAGCUAUUGGCAGCAAAGUCAUCGCAAGGGAAACAAUCAAAGCAUACAGAAAGAACGUACUGGCUAAAUGUUAUGGAGGUGACAUCACACGGAAGAUGAAACUCUUAAAGAAACAAGCAGAGGGGAAAAAGAAAAUGCGUCGCAUUGGAAAUGUGGAGGUCCCCAAAGAUGCUUUCAUCAAUGUUUUGAAACGGAAGUAGUUUCCUCAUAAGAGGACUGAUAUUGAACAUUUGUUAAAGCUGUGAAUAUUUGGCGGGAACAUCUACGACAUCUCUGUUGAUCAUUCUGAACCUUUAUCUCAAUGCUACAGGUUCAUUUGAGAGCACUGUUAC